CUCUCAGCCUGGCGGUGUGGAGGGGUGAAGAAUUUCUCUCUGCUCUCCCCCUCCUCCCCCCUCAGGAUGAGGUGCUAUUGAUCCAGGAAGCCAAGAGGGAGUGCCGGGGGUCCUGGUACCUCCCAGCAGGGAGGAUGGAACCUGGGGAGACCAUCAUAGAGGCCAUGCGGCGGGAAGUGAAGGAAGAGGCCGGACUGCACUGUGACCCUGUGACUCUGCUGUCUGUGGAGGAGCGGGGUCCCUCCUGGAUCCGCUUUGUGUUCCUCGCUCGCCCCACAGGUGGAACUCUCAAGACUUCCAAGGAAGCAGAUGCAGAGUCCCUGCAGGCUGGCUGGUACCCUCGGCUGUCCCUGCCCGCUCCACUGCGGGCCCGCGACGUCCUGUAUGUGGUAGAGUUAGCUGCUCAGUACCUGCAGCAGGCCAGCCAUCCCCUUGUUCUGCCCCAGGAGCUCCCGUGCAGUCUGGUCUGCCAGCGGCUCGUAGCCACCUUCACCAGUGUCCAGACAGUGUGGGUGUUGGUGGGUACAACGGGGGUACCUCACUUACCCAUCACCGCCUGUGGCUUUACCCCCAUGGAGCAGAGGGGAGGCAUUAAGGUAGCCAUCCUGCGCUUGCUACAGGAGUGUCUGACGUUGCACAAUUUGGCAAUAGAGACCAAGGGCUUGCUGGGACUGCAGCAUCUGGGCAGAGAGAAUAUAGACGGUAUCUGCAUGAAUGUGCUGGUGACCGUGGCUUUUCGGAACCCAGGAAUCGAAGAUGAGCCGCCAAAGGUUCGGAGUGAGAACUACUUUUGGUGGAAGGUGAUGGAGGAAGAUCUACAGAAACAGCUCCUACAGAGACUCCAGGACUCCUCUGUUGUCCCAGUGAGCAGAUAGGGUGAUGUGGGCAGUGAUUGCAGCAGCCCUGGCCUCCUUGACGAGCAGGCAGGUGGGCGGGCGGGCGGCUACCGAAGUCAGGGAUCUUAAUGCACUGGAUGCAGGGGUGCCGCUCCAGGUUCUCAGGAGACAGACCCACACUGCAUCCGAUUGGACAGUGCCUUCUACCCAGCAUACGGGCCAGAGCUCAAGGACUGAAUUGCCCUGAGGACACAUGAUGUUUCUCCUUAAGGGAGAGGGGAGCUUUCUAAAAUGCAGAUGGAUUUCCCUUAUUUUCUGUAUCUGUAUUCUUCAUAAAGGCUGCAUGCUGAGCCUUUGGAGCAUUUAGAACUUGGCAGAGGGUUUUCCUUACUGAGUAAACAGUGCUGUUUACAACCA